CUUCUGGGAAACAUGUAAAUAAUGAAAACAUGAAGAUAAGAUCUUCAAAAAAAACUGACUAUAGAAAGAUGGACUGAAAUAGGAAUAAAUGGAUAGAUGAUGGAUAAACAAAAUAAUAACAAUUUACACCCAUAAUCCUGUUAAGAAAUUUACACCCCUCCAGCUCUUAAUGCCUCGUGUCGACUUCUUGAGCAUCAGUGAAUGUUUGCACCUUUUGUAAUAGUUGUGUACGAGUCCCUCAGUUGUCCUCAGUGUGAAAAGAUGGAUCUCAACAUCAUAUAGCCGUGUUGGAAAGAGGUCAAAUGUGCAGAAGAUGCUGGAAAAGCAAAUAAUGUGCAGGACCUGGAGGAUUUUUCUGAAGGACAGUGGUCACUUUAACCGCUCAGGGACUCACAAAACAUAAAAUCAGUCGUUGAUCAUCCAGGUAACACACAGUAUUAAGAAUCAAGCGUGUGGAAACUUUUGAACUGGUUCAUUUGUGUAAAUUCAAUUAUUAUUGUGCCUUUUGGACUAUAUGUAAACAUGUGUUAUGUGAAAUAACUUAUUCAGGGCAGUACAUUUUGCAGAUUCUGCAAGGUAUGUAAACUUAUGACCCCAACUGUAUCUCAAGCAAUUCCAUGACAAAUCAAUCAUAAAUGACAGCUCAGCCCCUGCGGAUGAAUGGGGAGAAAAUGGAGGUUGGUUGGAUUCGCCAUCAGCAGUCCUGUGAGGACGGCGUUGCUGACCGAGUUGAAGUUCACAUCGAGGUUCUUGUCAAGUCUCAGAGCACGGCUAGACGGGCUGAAGUAAGGACGCACGUUUUGGCUCUGCUCGACCGACACAGUCUUGUAAUGGGCUCCUUCAAGUGGACGGAGUUUGAUGAUGACUUCCUGACUAAAAAUGUUGAGUCUGUCGCCGUGGUGGACGUCGAUGCACAGCCUCUCGAUUUGAAGAUGAGCAAUCUGUGCGUUCACAUCUACUCUCUCAACGACGACGGACCGAGCACGCUCAACCUGGAAGAGGAGGAGGAGCUAUCUGCAGCCAAUCACUGGCUCCUGCCAGCAGCUGAGUUUCAUGGGGUCUGGGAGAGCCUGGUUUAUGAGGAAGGAAUCAAAACGCAACUCUUGGAUUAUGUUUCGACAGCAAUCUUCUUCUCUGACAAAAACGUUGACAGCAAUCUGGUUGCCUGGAAUCGUGUUGUGUUGCUUCAUGGACCUCCGGGCACGGGAAAGACGUCGCUGUGUAAAGCGAUGGCACAGAAACUCUCCAUCAGACUCUCAGGAAGAUAUUCCUAUGGACAAUUUGUAGAAAUCAACAGCCACAGUUUGUUCUCAAAAUGGUUUUCAGAGAGCGGGAAACUCGUCACAAAGAUGUUUCAGAAGAUUCAGGAGCUGAUAGAUGAGAAAGAAGCCCUUGUUUUUGUCCUUAUUGAUGAGGUGGAGAGUCUAACAGCAGCGAGAAAUGCCUCUCAGGCUGGAACCGAACCUUCAGAUGCCAUCCGAGUGGUCAACUCUGUCCUUACACAGCUGGACCAGAUCAAACGACAUCCGAACGUGGUGAUCCUCACUACCUCAAACGUAACAGAGAAGAUCGACCUGGCCUUCGUGGACCGAGCAGAUAUAAAGCAGUAUAUCGGCCUGCCAAGCGCCCAAGCCAUCUUCAACAUCUAUCUGUCCUGUCUGGAGGAGCUCAUGAAGCGGCAGAUCAUUUACCCACGGCAGCAGCUGCUGAACCUCGAAGAGCUCAAUACGCUGGACUAUAUCGAGAGCGAAGUGACCGAGCUCAGUCUGCAUCUGCAGAAAAUCGCAGAGAAGAGUGUAGGCCUUAGUGGACGCACUUUGAGGAAAAUUCCCUUUUUGGCACAUGCGCUUUACGCGAAGAUGUCUAUGAUGACGGUCGAGCGCUUUCUGAGGGCUAUGGACAAGGCUGUGGCUCAUCAGAUAAAGGAACGGGAGAAGCUGGUUAACUGUAUAUGAGUGUAAGCUGGUGGCGAAAGGUUACCAUCUAAUCUGUCACUGUUCUGUCCAUUACUGAUUCUAGCUGUUGUUAUUUACUGAACUUUAAUGACUCAGAGCUGAUGCCACUAGUUGCAGCUUUCUUGUGUUGACUUUUUUCUGAAGAGCACUUUAUGAGCAGAAUUUUUUAUAAGACUGUGACAAGUUUUUUUUUCCCCUGUUCUUUUUACAAGUUUUUCCUGACAAAGUUGUGUUCGUCUGUUAGUCUGGUUUGUCUUGUGUUAUGUUAUCAGCAUGUAACUAAAAUAUGGCUCUUCAUCCUUCAAGCUCCAGGUUCCCCACCAGCCUCAGUGUGGAAUUUGUGUUACGAUGCAUUUAGGAAUCUGUCUACAAAGAAACACGUGCCAUAAUGGACACAUAUGAACACUUUUAGUUGUGCGCAAACAGAAAAAUGUUUGUUGUGAUUUUAUGUGUGUAUUUAAAAAAACAUUUCUUGAUUAAAAUGUGCUGAAACAAAA